AUGUCUACGUUCCGGUUACUCAUCGAGGACGGUCAGUUCCGCGAUAGCUAUGGGCGUCAAGUCGUGCUUCGCGGCAUCAACGUUGCUGGCGAUUCGAAACUCCCUAGCGAACCCGAUCAACCAUCUCACGUCGGCACCGACUUUUUCGACGGCGAUAAUGUCACCUUUCACCAGCGGCCGUUUCCAAAGGAAGACGCGCGAAUGCAUUUUGCGCGACUGAAGCGCUACGGCUUCAAUACUAUUCGCUACAUCUUCACGUGGGAGGCGAUCGAAGCGGCUGGGCCUGGACACUACGAUGAGGAGUUCAUUCAGCACACGAUUGAUAUCCUGAGGAUAGCCAAGGAGUAUGGGUUCUACAUAUUCAUGGACCCCCAUCAAGAUGUCUGGUCUCGAUUUACAGGCGGUUCCGGCGCUCCUUUGUGGACUCUGUACGCUUGCGGACUCAACCCCCAGAGCUUUGCUGCGACAGAGGCGGCCAUCGUUCAAAACACCUAUCCCAACCCCGACGAGUUUCCCAAGAUGAUUUGGUCGACAAACUACUAUCGACUUGCUGCCGGCACCAUCUUCACAUUGUACUUUGCUGGCAAAGACUUUGCCCCGAAGUGCAUCAUUGAUGGCGUCAACAUCCAGGAUUAUCUCCAGAACCAUUUCAUGAAUGCCUGUGGCCAUCUGGCACAACGGAUACACGAGGCUGGUGACCUUGAGAAUGAUGUUGUCAUUGGUUGGGAGAGCAUGAACGAGCCUAACAAGGGCAUGACGGGCUAUAAAGAUCUCAGCGUGAUCCCCAAGGAGCAUCCAUUGAAGAAGGGCACUUGCCCAACAAUGUGGCAAACCCUCCUAACUGGCAUGGGCCGUGCUUGCGAGGUUGACACAUGGGACAUGGGAGGACUUGGCCCUUACAAGACUGGAACCAAGCUCGUUGACCCCCACGGCGAGAUUGCCUGGCUGCCCGUCGACUAUGACGACUCAAGAUACGGAUGGAAGCGUGAUCCAGGCUGGAAACUCGGCGAGUGUAUCUGGGCACAGCAUGGUGUUUGGGACAUGGAGACAGAUACGCUUCUCCGGAAAGAUUACUUCGCCAAGAACCCACGUACCGGCAAGGCCAUUGACUAUCCCGAGUUUACCAACACCUACUUUAUGGACUGUUGGCGCAAAUAUGUCAAGACAUGCCGAGGAAUCCACAAGGACUGCAUCAUGCUCAUGCAGUUCCCCACACUGGAGCUACCGCCCGAGAUCAAGGGAACCGAGGACGACGACCCGAGAAUGGCCUUUACUCCUCACUAUUACGAUGGUAUCACCCUGAUGACGAAACAUUGGAAUAGCACAUGGAACGUCGACGUGGUGGGUGUGUUGCGAGGCAAAUACUGGCAUCCAGCACUGGCUAUCAGAAUUGGAGAGACGGCAAUUCGCAAUUGUCUCAAGGAACAGCUUGCAACACUCAGGAAAGAGGGCCUUGACCGCACCGGAAAGCAUCCUUGUGUGUUGACAGAGUUUGGCAUUCCCUAUGACAUGGAUGACAAGAAGGCAUACAAGACUGGUGACUACUCUAGCCAGUCAGCAGCUCUUGAUGCCAACUACUUUGCCGUUGAGGGGGCAGGACUUGAGGGCCAUUGCCUAUGGGUGUACUGUGCGAGGAACGAACACCAGCGAGGAGAUUUCUGGAACGGCGAGGACUUGUCGAUCCUGUCGCUAGACGACAAACCUCUGCCGGAAUCACCUGUGCCAGACUUCGGUCAGUCAUCGUUGAACCUCGUCAAGACGGCAACCACAAACGCCACCAACAAUGCCAGCAAAGACGUGGCUGACGAUCGGACUGUUACACCUAAUAACCUUAAGCGAACAAUCACAAAUCCAUCCAUCAGCUCGGCGCCAUCUACAAAGGAUCCCCAGCUGACCAAUGCCCCCGGAUACCGUGCCGCUGAAGCUUUUGUUCGGCCUACCCCUACAGUAGUUUAUGGCGAUGUUCUCUCGUCUGGGUUCAAUCUGCGACAAGGCACAUAUGAGCUCAAGUUGAAGGCACCAAAGGAUGCGCCCGACGAGGCGCCCACUGUUGUGUUCCUGCCGGAGUAUCACUUCCCCAAGGACCAAUGUGAGGUGGCUGUGUCAUCUGGCAAGUGGGAGUUGAGCACGGAUGAUGACGAAGGAACAACCCUCAAGAUCUCGGGCCUGGUGCGAAAGCACAAUGUUCCAGUGGGCUCUGAUGAGGAGGCAGGGUAUCUGGAACAGUGCCAGCAGGGCUAUGGAUACAAUUUUGGCAGCUGCAGCGUCAUGUAA